GUUGAAUUCUCUAGGAGGAGGACAAUCGCCUUUCAUGCUCGCAGCAUUGUAACAUUUUUCCCCGGCCGAUGCUUGCAUGCUUGUUUUAGUCCUGUGCACGUUUACCUCCCUUAAAAAUCCAUUCAUUUAGUCCAACUCCGAAUCAGCCGUAAGGGUUCGUCGUCGCUUCUGCACUCGACCCUUUUUGAGUCGACUCAUCUUUUUAUGCCUGAUCUAUUGGGGUUCAGAGUGGGUGUUGUCACAGGACAAUGAUCGAGAGACACGACUCAGCUGUUUCCAGCGUUGCUUCUCUCAUGUGGUGUAUCAUACCUGGAGAAUGAAGACCUUCAUGAAGACUUCAUUGCUGUUUCUGACGCUGUGCUGUGCUCUGCAGUUUAAUACCUCAGAUGGUUCUACUGCAAGUGACAUUGAAAACAGUAUCUGCUGCUUUAAUCCACGAAAUAUCAGAAUACCUCUUCAGCGGCUGGAGUAUUAUUACUGGACAAGUGACAUUUGCCCUCUCAGACACAUUGUAUUUGUUACAGCUCCCGAGGAUCCUAGCACUCCAAAGAAACAAUUCUGUAUGGACCCUGAAAAUAAGUGGGUCCAGCGGGCCAUUAACCACUUGGACAAAAAGCAUGCUAAAAACUUAAAUUAAACUUGGAAAAAAAAUUCUACAUUUCUACACCGAUACACAAACACACACCCCUGUACAUAUGAGUAAAACUAAAAUAAACUUGUUAUUGUAUUGUAACGUUUUAGUGAGUUACCAUUGUAAUGUGUAUUAUUCAAAUGUGUGGAUCUCAUCAUUAUCAAUAAUAUUAUGUCAACAGUAAUUCUUAAGCUACUGAUCUGAUGUAAAUUUUAAAUGAGCUGUAUAAAGAAUAUUGCAUAUA